UGAUAACCUUGUUUUAACCGUAAGAACCACCGCCGAAUUCCAAUCAGAGACACGUCCAUGUUCCAUCAUCGCCCAGUGUUUCCCUUUCACCGUCUUCAUGUCCCGAAAUGAAUCAUGAACAAGACAGCAAUAGGGGACAGAAGGAGACGUACGGGUAUGGUCUCUGAGGCGAGAUGACGGAACGGAUGGCAUCAUUUGUGUGUAGUAGUGGUAAACCCAGCGCUUCUGUACCCGUACACCGACACCUCGCGGCGUGCCCGGCUCGGUUCGUUGAACGUGGACGCCUUCUCGUCUGCGAUCUUCGCGGCUUCACCAUCAUACCUGCAACUGCAACCCCCAUUUCCCACCUAUAAAAAGGAGAUCCAAACCGCGAAGACACCCGGAGCAACACGCCACGCGAACGAACUCCACCCCAUUUCCAGCGCUUUGAACCUUCCCGCUCUUGCGGCAUUGUGCAUUUUGAGAUGGCGAGGAAGGUGGCGGUGGCGGCCAUGGACGCCAAGGAGGCGGAGGAGGUGAUGAGGAGGAACGCGGCGCUGGAGGCGGCGGCGGCGGAGGCGGCGGCGAGGGAGGAGCGGCUGCGGCGCGAGCUGGAGGCGGCGCUGGCGGCGCUGGCGGUGGCGGAGGAGGCGGAGGAGCGGCUGUGCGUGCAGCUCGGCGAGCUGGAGGCGGAGGCGAUGGCGCAGGCCGUCGAGUACCAGCAGCAGGUCAGGGAGCUCUCCGACCGCCUCGCCUUCGCCGACGGCGUCCUCCGGUCGUCGUCCGGCCGCCGCACCGCCGCCGUCGCCGCCGGCAUGGACUGACCGACGAACGAACGACCAGGUUUAAUUUUCAGUGGAUCAUUGCUAGGGUGUUGUAUGAUGAAGCAUGUACGUUUUCUUUUUUCCCUCUUUGCUCCGAUGGAGUGAAGAAGUGGUGUGUACUUUGUGUGUGUGAUCUGUGAAGGGCAGUAAAAUUUACCUGAGAUGUAUAUACAUGCUGAAAGAGAUCAGUCGUUGUUGGGUACUGAUCCUUCAGGUUUCCAAAGGCCAAAGCUAUAAUUGCCGAAA